AUGUCCCCAGGCGGGUCUCAGCCCUGGCUGGUGGCGGGCAGGGCCUCGCCCAGGCUGGUGCUCGGGGUCGUGUUCGUGGCGCUGCUGCUGGACAACGUCCUGCUCACUGUCGUGGUCCCCAUCGUCCCCACCUUCCUCUACACGACCGAGUACGAAGGCGCCAAGAGCUCCCCGAGCCCGGCCCUGCCCCAGCCAGGUCCCUCCAGAGCCCGCGGGGCUCCUCCCUUCCCCUCCGUGCUCUCCUGCUCUGACAACACCACCGUGCCCGCCCGGGCCUCCAGCAUCCCCCCGGGGCCGCCGAACGGGACGGGGAGCGACCCCCCCGGGCACCCCCCGAGCAGCCCCCCAGGACCCCCGCCCAGGGCACCCCCAGCCCCGGGCAGGGGCUGCCUGGAGGGAGGGGAGUUCCUGGCGCAGGAGAACACCCGCGUGGGGCUGCUCUUCGCCUCCAAGGCUCUGGUGCAGCUGCUGGUCAACCCCUGGGUGGGCGUGCUGACCAACAGGAUCGGGUACCACAUCCCCAUGUUCCUGGGCUUCACCAUCAUGUUCCUCUCCACAGUCAUGUUUGCUUUCUCAGGCACCUACACCCUGCUGCUCAUCGCCAGAGCCCUCCAGGGCAUCGGCUCCUCCUUCUCUUCGGUGGCAGGGCUGGGGCUGCUGGCCAGCGUUUACCCGGACGACUCGGAGAGGGGCAGCGCCAUGGGCAUCGCCCUGGGGGGCCUGGCCUUGGGAGUGCUGAUCGGGGCCCCCUUCGGGAGCAUCAUGUACGAGUUCGUGGGGAAGGCGUCGCCCUUCCUGGUCCUGGCCUUCCUCGCCCUCCUGGAUGGAGCCCUGCAGCUCUGCAUCCUGCAGCCCUCGCGGAUCUCUCCGGAGGUGAGCACGGCCCACCCGGUGUCCACCCUGCUGCGCGACCCCUACAUCCUGGUGGCUGCAGGAGCCCUCUGCUUCUCCAACAUGGGUGUGGCCAUGCUGGAGCCCACGCUGCCCAUCUGGAUGCUGCAGACCAUGUGCUCCCCGCAGUGGCAGCUCGGGAUGGCGUUCCUGCCUGCCAGCAUCUCCUACCUGAUUGGCACCAACCUUUUUGGGAUUCUGGCCAACAGGAUGGGCAGGUGGCUGUGCUCCAUGAUUGGAAUGGCUGUGGUGGGAAUCAGCCUCCUCUGUGUCCCUCUGGCCACCAACAUUUACGGGCUGAUCGGCCCCAACGCCGGCCUGGGCUUUGCCAUAGGAAUGGUGGACUCCUCCAUGAUGCCCAUCAUGGGCUACCUGGUGGACCUGCGACACACCUCGGCCUACGGCACCGUCUACGCCAUCGCCGACGUGGCCUUCUGCACGGGCUUUGCCGUGGGUCCCUCCACGGGCGGGGCGAUGGUGCGAGCGCUGGGCUUCCCCUGGCUGAUGGUGAUGGUGGGCGUGCUGAACGUGGCCUACGCCCCGCUCUGCUGGCUCCUGCGCAGCCCCCCGGGCACCCAGGAGGGCAUGGCCAUCCUGGGCCAGGAGCGCGCCAUGAAACCCAAAAGCUGCACCCCGAAGGAACCCCAGCGGGAACUGGAGAGCAACGGGGAGGCGGAAAAUGAGGAAUAG